GCGGCAGGAGGGCGGCUUCCGCGAGGGGAGCUUGAGAUCUGUGUGAGAUACCACUGUUCUUUGAAUCAGUCCAUCUUUUAAAUUCAGAGAUUUCCAGCUGCUUGAAAGCCCUGGGCUACACUGUAACAAUAAAAGGUCUUAAAACUUGUGAGCAAAGCUGCACUGAAUAAGACAUCCUAAGAGGACAUAUUUUUCACCUCUAUAAUGAAGAAAAGCAGGAGUGUGAUGACGGUGACAGCUGAUGAUAAUGUUAAAGAUUAUUUUGAAUGUAGCUUGAGUAAAUCCUACAGUUCUUCUAGUAGCACACUUGGGAUCGACCUCUGGAGAGGGAGAAGGUGUUGCUCAGGAAACUUACAGUUACCACCACUGUCCCAAAGACAGAGUGAAAGAGCAAGGACUCCCGAGGGCGAUGGCAUUUCCAGACCGACCACGCUACCUUUGGCAACACUUCCAAGCAUUGCUAUUACAACUGUAAGCCAGGAGUGCAUCUGUUCUAUUCAAGCCAAGCCUACUGUGGCGAUCUUCAUGGAGACAAUUCAGUGGUUUCCUAGCAACCAAGUUGCCUGUGGUUUCCUUGGUUAA